UAAAAACAAAAAAAAAUUGGUAAAUCAAAAAACAAAAAAAAAUUGUACAAGUGAUACAAAUUUCUUCAGUGGAGAAGGCUCGUCAUAAGAAUUACAGCUGAAAAGGAACUCAAUAAAUAGAAAAAUAGGGAAAUCAUAUAAGACAACUGAAUUAGCCAAGGAGAUGAGAAACGGAGCUCCGGUAAUGAAGAUGGGUCGGGUCAUGACUCAGGUUUUUGUUCUGAUAUUCCUUCUUCAAGGUGUUCAUUCCCGAACGUUACGAAGCGAAUCAAAUAAUGCCGCGGUUACGGUUAACACAUCUGGCGGUAAACAAGUGGUUGUUGAUAAUGGUAUAAUCCAAGCCACCUUCUCGAAUCCAGCGGGCUUAGUUACUGGAAUCAAGUAUAAAGGCUUUGACAAUGUGUUGAACGCAAGAAUCCAGAAUCGAGUGUAUUGGGAUAUAGUAUGGUAUGAACCAGGACAAGUAUCGCAGACAGAUUAUUUAAUAGGAGAAAAGUUCAAAAUAAUAAGUCAAACAAGUGAGCAAGUCGAAAUUUCAUUUUCUAAAACAUGGGAUACCUCUCGACGCGGCUCGACAGUCCCAUUAAACGUGGAUAAAAGAUAUAUUAUUCGACGCGGUGUAUCUGGAGUGUAUAUGUACGGUGUGGUAGAGAGGUUAAAAGGUUGGCCGGCAGUAACAAUGGACCAAACCAGAAUCGUCUACAAGCUUAACAGCACAAAGUUCGAUUAUAUGGCUGUAGCAGAUCAUCGACAGAAUCUAAUGCCUUUAGAAGCAGAUCGAAAUCUCACCGAUGGUAGUGCCGCUACAUUGGAAUACAAAGAAGCGGUUCGGUUGGUAAAACCACGAAAUAAAUUAUUUAAAGGGCAGGUUGACGAUAAGUAUCUUUACUCAAUGGAAGGCAAGGACAACAGACUACAUGGUUGGAUAGCUUCUGAACAACGUGUCGGCUUCUGGAUUACUACUGCCAGCAACGAGUUCCGUACUUGUGGGCCCGUCAAACAAGAACUCACUUCUCAUGUUGGACCCACCUUACUUUCUAUGUUUACAAGUACACACUAUGCGGGAAAAGAACUCAACACAACUUACGCAAGUGAUGUGCCGUGGAAGAAGAUGUUUGGUCCUGUCUUUGUUUAUCUUAACUCUGCCCCCUCUCAUGAUCUCAUGUGGACCGAUGCUAAACGACAGUUGGCUGCCGAGGUUAAAAGCUGGCCUUAUGACUUCGUGAAGUCAGUAGAUUACCCUCUUCGCCAACAAAGAGGAACAGUUAAGGGUCAACUAUCUGUCAUGGACAGCUUCAAAAGCAAGUCGAAGUUAAACGGAGAGUUUGCUUUUGUGGGUUUAGCAUUACCUGGCGAAGUUGGUUCAUGGCAAACCGAAAACAAGGGAUAUCAAUUUUGGACAAAAGCAGACAAAAUGGGGAUGUUCACAAUAGCGAAUGUGAGACCUGGGACAUAUAACCUCUUCGCAUGGGCUCCCGGACAUAUUGGUGACUAUAAAUACGAGCGUGAAAUUAUAAUUACACCAGGUAAGGCAAUAAACGUAGGAUCCUUAGUGUAUGAGCCGCCAAGAAGUGGUCCGACGCUGUGGGAGAUCGGUGUACCGGAUCGGACCGCCUUAGAAUUCAAUAUCCCAGAUCCGGACCCAGCCCUUGUGACCAAACUAUAUGCUAAUCACCCAAAUGCUCCUGAAGACAGAUUUAGACAAUAUGGUCUAUGGGAUCGUUACAAAGUAUCGUAUCCUCGAGAAGAUGUUACUUUUACUGUUGGAGUGAGUGACUAUAAAAAAGAUUGGUUCUUUGCACAUCUCAACAGGAGAGCUGGAGAAAAGAAACUUCAAGCAACGACAUGGAAAAUUGUUUUUAACUUAAAACAAGUGUCCCAAACUGGAAAUUAUACUCUUCGAAUGGCUUUGGCUGCAGCAAACACUGCCGAUAUAUUAGUUCGGGUCAACGAACCUAGCUCCAAACCUAUGUUUAGGACUGGGUUAGUAGGUCGGGAUAACGCGAUUGCUAGACAUGGAAUUCAUGGGUUAUACAGAUUGUUCAAUAUAGGCGUUCAGAGAAACUUGCUUAAGGUUGGUGACAAUACGAUUUUUCUCACUCAAAACCGGGUCACUAGUAUUUUUACAGGUGUCAUGUAUGAUUAUCUUCGAUUGGAAGGUCCUUCAGGAGCCGUAUAAUAAUCUCUUAAUAAUAGAUAAGAGUGACGUGAGAGUUUAUUUUUU